AUGGAGCCUCAACGGGUUUUGCAACAUGCGAAUACUAUGCCUCAAGGUUUAUCGCAUCAGAGAUCUGUUGCUAGAAAACCUGUUGGAAACCCGUCUGUAGGGUCGCCGCAGAUUGUUUCGCUUCCACAUCGGCCUGCGCCUCAGCAGCAGCACUCGCAGGGCGGUUAUCCUCCUCAUGUCCAACAGCAGCAGAGUCAGAUCCAACAACAGCGGCCUCAGUCUUACCAUCCCAGACAGCAGAUUCAUCCUGGAUAUCAACAGAUUCCAAGUCAAAUCCAAAAUGCUCAAUCUGUCAUUCAGUCCAGUCAGAGUGUACAGCAGCAGGUGCAACCGGCUCAGCACCUUCCGCACCAGCAGUCAGUGCAAACCCAGCAUCAUCAACAUCAGGCCCAAACGAUUCAACAACAACCUCAUCAACAAGUAUCUCAGCAGCUGAACCAACAACAACCACAGACACCAAUCCAGCAUGUCCAGGGACAAUCUCAACACCUACCAUCCCCGCAACAGCUGCAAUCACUUCAACAACAGCACGCCCAAGGACAGCAACAGCAGCAAGUGCAAACCCAAAAUCCUCAUCAACCUCAACCCCAAGCGGCCCAGCAGCAACCGCAUCAAGUAUCGCAACAGCUAGCACAACAACAAUCACAGGUUCCGAUUCAAAAUGUCCAGUCGCAACCCCAAUACCAGUCACCCCUGCAGCAAUUGCAGCAAUCACUGUUGCAAGAGUACGUCCAAGGGCAGGAACAGCCGUACCAACAACACUCCCCAAUACAACAACAGCAGAUCCCGACACAGAAUCAACACCUCCAACAACAACUUUCCAGUCCGACAGGCUCAGCUCCAAACAUCGCGCAGCAGGCAGCUCAGCCCACACCCCCAAACGUCCAACAAACACAAGCACUGCCGACAAGCUCAACUCCUCAACUUCUGCAUGCCGACCCUGGCCAAGCGAACAUCAAUUCGUCCAUCGUCGAUCACGGAAGACCUGCCAGUGUUACCAGUAGUAGCCCUAGUAUUGCCACGCCUGCCACAACUGUCGCAAGCGUUGCGUCGCCAGGUGUGAUAAGCACUCCAGCAUGGGAUCCCAGUGCUGCUCCUCCGAUUCAACAAGUUCCGGCAGUCGAUAUCAGGCGUACAUCUACCGGACAACCCAAGCUGUGCAAUCAUUGUCGAAAAGCAAUCCCGCUCAAUGUAUCGGUCUAUACCUGUCUCAUCUGUAGCACCGCGCAUAUCGCGACAAGCUUCUGUGUCUGGUGCUUCACCUCCAACACAGUCAACACUUCCCACAGCCACGACAAGUCUUAUUACGCAACCGAAUCUGAUCCCCGUGUCCAACCCUCGGUGCAAGAUGCCACGACGCACAUGUGGACGAUCCGAAAGAAUGUUUCUGGGAGACUUUGGUACACACACAAUGUCACUGGGCUCAAGACGCAUCUCAAACCUACAGCAGCGGCUUUGUCUAGCUUCUCGGGAUUGCCACCGGGCUGGGAUGAGCGAAGAACACCUGAUGGUCGGACGUUUUACUUCAACAAGAGAUUGGGAACAAGCGCUUGGACGAAGCCAGCCAAUUCUCUGCCCGACGGCUGGAAGGAGUUGAGAACCCCAGACGCCGUGCCAUUCUACGUCAACGAACAACUGGGCCUGUCAACGUGGGAUCGACCAGGACAGCAACCACGACAGACGAAACAGGGCAAUAAAGUAGUAGUCAGACGGAGGCCUGCACCAGGACAGCCAAACACCCCACAGAAUGUCGGCGACAAUAUCCUUAAUGCUACGAUUAACGCAGCCCGACUCACUGGUCAAGGUGUCGAGUCCGCCAGCAGACAAGUCGGAAAGCUAGGAAAGAAGAAGAACUGGAGGAAAUUGGGAAGGAUGCUCAAUCAAGUCAAUGGAAUCAACGGUGAUAAUUCAGGAAGCGACUGUGAAUACAAUGAUUAUAAUGACGACAGUGGUUUCGGUUUCGGCGAUGACUCGGGCGGCUACCAAGAUCAACAACAAGGGCAGUUCCAACAGGGUUUCGACUAUCAGCAAUCCUCUUUCUCAGAGCCUCAGCAGUCCUUCGAUUUUGGAGAUAACCAACAACAACCGACGUUCCAGCAGCCUGGGUAUGAGCAGCAGACGACGUUUGAGUACUCUGUGCAGUCAGGCUAUGAGCAAUCUUCGUUCGACCAACAGCCCGGGCAGUUCAGCGUCACGACUGAGGUUUCUUACACGACCGAGUCGCAGCCGUCCUUUGAACAACAGACCUUUGAGACGCAACAAGAUCAAUACAGUCAGCAAAUAUACGAGCAGCAACCUGGUAUCCAGGAUCAGCAGCAACCCAUGUUCGAGCCGAUGAUGACCCAAGAGUCUAUCACCAUAACUUCUCAACAGGCUGAACCAUUCGAGCCUGUUCCACCUCUCCAACAGCAGGAUUGCAUGCCAGCACCUAUUCCACAGGAGACUUAUGUACAGCCGACGCCUCAACCUCUGUACCAAACAUCCGUACAACAGACAUAUCCUACCCAGCAAUUCGUCUACGAGCCGGCCCAAGUUCAGAUGCAACAGCAACAGGUCACCGUCUCUUAUCAAGUGCCCACGUACACUCUCGAGCCAGCACCGACCGUCGUACCUCAGAUGCAAACACCACAGCCUGUCUUGCCAAUUUACAUCCCGAAUAACCAACCUGAGAUCAUCACCAGCGACGCGCAUCUAGUCGAAGUCCCUGGUGCACCUGACACUACAACCCUCGUAUUAAACAGUGGCUAUGGUGGUAACGACAUCCUCGCCGGUACAAGUCUGGCCGCAGAACGAAACGUUGUAGUGUCGCAACCACCGCAAGAUGAUGUCGUAGUCCAAGUUACUGUCGGGCAGACGCAGUCGCCCUUGGUGCAGACAACAUGUGGACCAGAGUCAGUGGUGGUUCAAGAGUAUAGUACUGUGGGAAAGACAGAUGCGUUUGUGUCUGUUGAUACUGUGGCGAUCGAGAAUAGCUUUGCUACGACUGCGGCCAAUAACUGCAAAGACUAUAUCUAG